AUGAUUAAAUGCUAUUACAAGUGUAAAAGAAAAAAUAUUUUAGUACCAACAAUUUAAACACUAAACAAAUAAAAUACUACUUUAAAACGUAAAUUAAAAAUUUGUAUCUUCGUUAUCAAUUUUUCUUCUACUUUAAUUUUCAACCUUGAAUUUAGCAUUUGCAGGAAAUAAAAUUUAUCAUACAUAACUCUAUUCAAGUAACAAGAUGUUAUGAAAGAAAUAAUUGCUUGA